UAUUUGCAUACUGCGCACUAUUUAUACUGCGACUGACGCUACAGCCAUCACUCCGCUCCUCUUCCAACGAGAGACGUGCAUCCCGUCAUUUAUACGACUCAGACCCAGAACCUUUGCAGAAAUGGCUGACAAACCCGACGUCUCUGCGGUCGAAAGCUUCGACAAGACCAAGCUAAAGAAGACUGAUACCCAGGAGAAAAACACCCUGCCAACCAAAGAAACCAUCGAGCAGGAGAAGUCUACAUAAUGGAGAGCAGUGCAUUGUACAUUCCACAAGCCUUACUACUUUUCUUUUACAAUGUGUAUUCUAAUUGAGGUACAAAACCCAACAUGGCUGUUAAGCCGCCAACUCGGCUAAUGUUGCUCUGUACAGUAAGGGAGUGUGGCUUGUCGUCACCAUGGGUUCCUGGUCAUCUGUUGCUGUGGAUGCAUCUCUUUUUUUAAGUGUGCCGUUUGGAGUGGCCGUGUCAUGAAACAACUGGGGGCCUACACUUCCCUAUGAUUUGUAACACUUCUGGCUGCUUGUGAAUGCUCGCAUAGCAAGCGGUGUGUUUUGUAAGAAAAUCUGGAAUGCACAAGCUUGUUAAAUAUUCAAAAUAAAAAAAAAUGUAUAAUGA